AGCUGGGAUGGUCACGUGAUUUCCGCUCUCAKGGCGGAGCCGACGUAAAACAACAAAAAAGCAGCCGAGCUGAAGAGUGAGGAAGAGACGGCGCUUGAGUAAACAGCUGUAAAACCAACAGAUGGUAAAUUCAGAAAAGGUCCUUUAACAAGACGAGUUUAAAAAGCGGGAUGAAUCCCACAUGAUGCAUCUGGAUGGUACUGCUCUUGGUCCCUCAGGCUCGCCAAUGCCUCAGAGUCCGUCCAGCUCCACCGCUUCUGACUCCAGAAGUUCAGACGGCACCGGCUCCCCUGCCACCACACCAAAUCUGGACAGUCAGUCGGACUCUUCCUCCUCAGCCCCAGAAACACAUGAUGGGUUGAGAUAUCGAGGAGGCUUUCCCCCUCCCAGUUCGCAGAGCACCUCUGGUCUCCCUCAGMGCCCAGAUGCUGCUCGGGUCCCUUUGCAAGGCGACCUCCCUGCCGACGUGCCCCCUAACCCCGUGUAUGUGCCUAUGCAGAUGUUAUGGUGGCAGCAGAUGUACGCGCGGCAUUACUACAUGCAGUACCAAGCUGCAGUAGCCGCCGCUCGGCCUCCCCACACUUCUCCUGCCGCCUCCCCGCCCUCCACGACUCACCAACCGGCCCAGCCCGACGAAGCCGUCCAACCUCCGCUCGGCCCCAACCCGGCCCAGAACCCUUUACAAGAGAACCAGCCGGCCAACCCCAUCCAGAUGAACGCUCAGGGCGGCCCGGUUCUAAACGACGACGGGCUGAACCACGACUGGCUGGACUGGCUGUACGCCGUGUCCCGAGCUGGGGUCCUGCUCAGCAUCGUCUACUUCUACUCCUCCUUUAGCCGCUUCGUCAUGGUGGUUGGAGCCAUGCUGCUUGUUUACCU